AUGUUGGUGUGUUUUCUUUCGAAUGAACCCCCCUCAUUCCAUGCGUCUAUAGGGUCAUAUGACACUAAAAAAAGUCACAACGAGAGAGAGAAUGAAAUUCCAUCCAUCCGUGGAAGUAAAACUCGUAAUUACUACUACGAAAGAGAUGAAAAAGAAGACUGGACUAAUGGUAAUGAUGAUGAGAAUUUAGAGAUGAAUGAUGAAGAAGAAGAGAUCGAUGGAGUAGUGAAAAGAGUUGUUGAUUUGGUCAUCGAGAAGGUUGGUGCAGUCGAUGUCGAUGAUGACAAGGAAGCAAAGUUACUCUUGUUGACUGAUGCAACAACUCUAGAUGUGACUGAUCUGAUACACUUUAAACUAUUCAUUUCUAUGUUCUCUCUUUUACAAAAUAUGAAAAUCGAUUAA